AUUUGAGUGGGAAGACAUCAGUUGUGCAAGAGAAGAGUGAUGUACCACAAUGAUCCGAGGACUGGCUGCUUUGAUUCUUCUAAACAUAUCUGCUCUGAUUCAGGCCAGAGAUGAUGCUGAGCAGAUCUCCUGGACUGUGGUCAAACCUGGUGAUAAUGUGACCAUCUUAAGUUGUUCUCUCCCUACAAGAGAAGUUGGGUUAUUUUACUGGUAUAAGCUGAGGUUUGGAUAUUUGGUCCAAACAGUUGCAAUGGGAACUUUUGAGAAUGUAAGAUUUCAGGGACAAUUUAAAGACUCAAGAUUCAGUGCUACAAAAGUGGACACAGUGUUCUCUCUAAACAUUGCAAAUGUGAGGAAAGAAGAUGAAGCAACAUACUACUGUCAAGCAGGAUCAACAUAUGAAAUAUGUUUUAUUAAUGGCACCAUUCUGACUGUAAACGAUCAAAGAAAUCAGAUGUCUGUCCAUGUGAAACAGCAUCCGGCGACACUUUCAGUGGAGUUGGGAGAAUCAGUGACUCUCCAGUGUUCACUUCUAUCUGACAAUAAAGGAAAACCAAUCCAGUGUCCAGGUGAACACAACGUACACUGGUUCAGAGCCGGAUCAGGAGAAAACAGACAAGGAAUCAUUUACACUCACAAGAACACGAGUAUAGAACAAGACAAAAGGAAGUGUGUCUACCGUCUGUCUAAAACCAUAAAGAACUCGUCUGAAUCUGGGACUUACUACUGUGCUGUGGCCACAUGUGGACAGAUCCUGUUUGGUGGAGGAACUGAAAUAAAAACAGAACUCAGACUGUGUCCAGUUUUUGUUGCACUGGGUUUACUGGUGGGCUGCUGUGUCACUGUGAUUAUCGCUCUAAUCCUACGCAGGAAUCACAUUUGUCAACACCGUAAAGUAGGAGAUAUAGCUGCUUCCAAUCCCAUGGGCCUUGAAGACACAACAGUGGACAGUCAUGGACAUUAUACGGGUGAAAAUCAUGCUGCUGCGGUGAACUACGCCACAUUGGAUUUCCCCUCAAGACGAGCAAAAAGAUCGAACAUUACAAGCGAGUUUCCACAGGACUGUGUGUAUUCAGGCUUGAGUGGGUGAAGUGUUUUCCAUCUCCAAGAAACAUGCAAUAUGUAUAUUCUAACAUGUUUUUUUAAACAACUGCAAUAGACACAAUAAACCAAAAACUGGAGCAGAUUUAUUAAUGUGAUUUUUACACAUUCUAUAGUACUAAAAGAAAAAAUAUUGUUCUUUAUGGGUAACUUUUUGAUUAGAAGUUUUUUUUUUAAUUUACAUUGUGUGCUUUAUUUAAACAAAGAUUUUUGUGUUGAUGUUGGAACU